AGCUGCCGUCCCGACCCCCCCACCCUGCCCGCGGUGCCAUGGCGUCCAGCGAGGAGGACGGCACGGUUGAGGAGAAGGAAAACAACAACAAGAAGAGGACGAAAAGCGCCGUCAUUACCGCAUGGCUCACUCUCUACAACAUCACCAUGACCGCCGGGUGGCUGGUUUUGGCCAUCGCAAUGAUGCGCUUCUAUUUCAGGAAAGGCACACACAAGGGUCUGUACCGAAGUAUAGCAAGGACACUUAAGUUUUUCCAGACCUUUGCGCUUGUUGAGGUGGGACAUUGUGCCAUUGGAAUCGUGAGGACUUCUGUGAUUGUAACAGGGGUUCAAGUGUGUUCACGGAUUUUCAUGGUUUGGUUUAUCGCCGACAGCAUCAGACAGAUCCAGAAUGAAGAAAGCGUAAUCCUGUUCCUGGUCGUGUGGACAGUGACGGAGAUUACCAGAUAUUCCUACUACACAUUCAAGCUGCUCAACCACCUGCCGUACUUCAUCAAAUGGGCCAGAUACAACUUCUUCAUUGUCUUGUACCCUCUGGGAGUCAUAGGGGAGCUGCUCUCCAUUUACGCUGCUCUGCCGGUCGUGCGCAGAUCUGGAAUGCUCUCCAUGAGGCUUCCUAACACGUACAACGUGUCAUUUGACUACUACUACUGCCUCAUCAUCGUCAUGCUGUCCUACAUCCCACUGUUUCCUCAGCUCUUCUUCCACAUGCUGCGGCAGAGGAGGAGGGUGCUUCACGGGGAAGUCAUAGUGGAGAAGGAUGACUAAACGAGCGCCAACUCACGCCUUUGUUUGAGCCAGCCUGCCUCCACGUCACCCUCACCUACAUCUCCAUCUCACCUUUCGGCUGUUAAAGUUCUUCAUUGCACGGGACCCGAAAGCGACGACCAGCUAUGAUCAGAAAUAACAAAACUGUGGGACUUCAUCAGAGAUUCGACCGAUUCUGAAAGCAGGAGGGGGUUCCUGUCUGAGUAGAAAUAUUGCAAGAAGUUUACAGCCCAGAUGUUGCUUGAGUUUGAGGCAGAAACCUGGCGUCAUGUCGUUAUCCACCCACCAGCUUUACACCACCUUGUUGCGCUGAAGACAAAACGAGCACUGAGCCACACAUCUGCACCCUGGUGGAGAAAUGUGAAAAGAAACAUUGGAGAAAGAUUGUAAGUUGUGUGCUCUGAGUCGUCCCCCAACAUUAAAAAAAUUGGCAUAUUUAUAAUCGUUUAAACUUAUUCCAUGACAGAUUUUACACACAAAUCUAAACAAAGCAAGAUUUGAAAGUUUUAUCAUACCUCAACAAUAAAUUUACAUUUAGACAAUGCGCUGCUGCUUUUGUGUAUGUUUGUUUUACCUUGUGUGUAAAUGAUGCAAUGUGAAAGGAGCAGUUAAAAAGAAGCAUAUUUCUUAACUUAUUCACACACUGUCUCGCUCAGAGCAAGAACAGCUCAAACUUAACACUUUGUCCGCUUUGCUCAGCUCCUGCAUCCUUUUAUUGUUUUUUUGAUGUUUACCGUGUCCAGUUCAUUCACAGACGAGCCUCUUAAACUAACGAGAGUCUUCACAAACGUGUUUGCAGUAGGGCGCUGUAGCUACAGUAAGACCACAUUUGACAUUUCUGUGAGCACUUGGAGUCUUCAGUCUGUCUUGUUUGUUUUUUAACUUUGGGAAUCUCGUGUCCAUAGGAUAGAAAGGUAGUUACACUCCCGUGACUAAAGGUGCUUUUACAAGAUCAUUUUAAACUUCUGUGCAGCUGAAGGAGUGACUGUGAUUGGAGUUGACCUAAAGCAGGAAAGCAGGAUUGUGAAAUGACAGAGGAGAUGCAUAGCCUGUAGUUAUCCAGCAGAAUCAACACCUUUUUCUUGUAGUCAGGGUUAUAAAGGAGGGGGACAAAAUAUUAAAUUUAAUGGGGAUUUUUUUCAAGGAGAACAGGACGAUAAAAAUGUGAAAACCUUUUUGUGCAAAACUAAUAAAUUCAAUUCUACAACA